CCGAACCAACAUGGCCGCCGAAGAGAACUGAAGAUGUCUGCAUCGAUGUCAAUGUCAACAUUCUGUGUCAACAAGAUAUUCUGUCGACUACUGCAGAUUCUACGGCGAGAAUUCAGGCAACAACUGACACCUUAAACGGACGACUCCAACCUUGACAAGAGGCUCAGUUGCUGGUGUCAUACAUGGACAGAAACCAACCUGCAAGGGGAUGUUAUGAAGAAGAGAGACAGUGUAGUCUGGUUACAGCUUUAAUAGAAGAAACCAAGUAAGACGUUGCUCCAAGAUGAAGGAUUUUUCCGAACAUUGUCAGGAGGUUCUCCGUCGCCUGAACAGCCAACGACUGAACAGCCAGCUGUGUGACAUCACAAUAAAGGUGGAGGGACAUGAGUUCUCGGUACACCGGGCGAUCCUGGCGGCCUGCAGCGACUACUUCCUGGACCUCUUCACUUUCCCCAUGGGGGAGAAACUGGACACAGUGGAACUCCCAUGUGUGACCCACAAGGGGCUGGCGCCAAUUAUCGAGUACGCGUACACGGCCAGUCUACCUCUGACCAACGACAACGUGAUUGACGUGAUCUCUGCCGCCAGCCGUCUGCACAUGUGUGACAUCAUUGAUGAGUGUUCUGUCUACCUAAAAGAGAGCUGGCCUGAGCGGGGAAGGUCAGCCCACAUUCUCUCGGCCAUGGCCAACCGGACAAAGCAGAGCCCAACCAGCCAGAUGAUCCAGAACCAGCAUCUGCACAUGCUCCUGUCCUCAGAUAAAACCAGUCCGACUAGACCAGACAAGACCAGUCCUAACCAGGUGGAGGUCUUGCAGGUUGAUAAGCAUGGCCAGGUGAGCAUCUCCCGUAGCGGCCUCCAAGAUAACAGUCCACCUACCCUCCAGACAGGACCGGACACCAGACCACACGGCUUCAGCAUCAUGGAGGGAGAACCCCGCACCAAGCGGCUCCGCAAAGCCAGGCACCCACUUCCCAGUCAUUCCAUCCUCCGACAGAGUUUCGGGGCGGCGAAUUCCUCCGAGGCAUCCGCCAUCGCCGCUCCAGAGCAGCCGUCUUCGUCCAGGGACGGGGACAACAGUCUGGAGGACGACACGUCGACAGCUCUUAGUCCCCCCGUUGUCAUCAAACAGGAGCCUCCGGAUGAGUUUGAUCUGACGUCUAGAAGAUCUCUCGGCGAGCCUGACAGUCAAGGGGGCAAUGACGCUCCAGUUGUGGAAGAGAACGUGGAAAGGCGAUAUUCCAUCCAGUUCGAGUCAUUCCAUAGCCCGCCGGGUUCGGACGCGGAUAUGUUUCUCCUGCCUGACAGUAACAUGCAGGCUCGGCCGUCGUCGAGCGCUGCCGCGGUCUUCAAGUCCGAGCAGCAUGAAACGGUCACGUUACACGAAGACACCGGCGACAACAGCAACUCCAACUCGAUGGACAGCUCCGCGCUCGAUCUAACGGCCACGCAGCGCGCUCACAGUCCGCACUUCUCCAAAACCGAAGAAGAGUACAACGUUGAAGAGGAGGAAAUGGGAGAGGUUUCGAGCACAGAGGUUGACGAUGUGGGGCAGCCUAUAUGGAUCCAGAAGCCCCAGGACUGUACGAACUGUGGACGAACAUUUGCAGACGACGAGGUCCUCCGUCAGCACUUGGAGAGCUGUAGCCCUGACAAGCCGUUCCGCUGCCCCAUCUGUAACUACGCCUUCAAGAAGCCCACGCAGCUCAACGCUCACAUGAGGGGCCACUCGGAGCAGGAGAGAAUGGCACGCUCCCUCAUCAAGUGCAAACUGUGCGACGCUAAGUUCACGUCCCAAGGUUACCUGAGUCGGCACAUGAAGUCCCACUCCGCGUUCCGUCCUCAUCUGUGUAAGGUUUGCGGCGCGCAUUUCUCCGCGAGCGCGAACUUGCUGCUCCACAUGCGCAUGCGAGGGCGCAGCCCGUACAAGUGCGACCUUUGCAACGCCCGAUACAUGCGUCCGGGCGACCUCUCCAAACACGUGCGCUUGUUCCACAAGGAGAAGCCGUUCCAGUGUGCCGCCUGCUCAGAGUCCUUCAGCUACCAAAUCUGUCUGGAGAUGCACGUGUUACGGUACCACACGCCCAUGCACAUUCCGGACGAAAGUAGCGAACACGACGAAAACAACUCCACCAUUGGAAGCGGCGAAGAGAACGCUAAAGAAGAGACUUAAUAUCAAUCUUCUCCCUCUAAGAAAAUUGUCUCUAUAAAUAAUGUAUGAUCACAAAUGAUAAAUAAAGUCCCCUCUAACAAAA